CUUUGCCGCCACAUCAUGGACGGAGCAAGGUACUGACGGCUCUUGAAGAAGGUCUCAUGGGUGCGCUGUAGCCAAGUCCCGUCGGUGCUGAAGUCGGACUACCUGCGCGAUGAUGUAAACAACGUUGACCAGGAUGAACUGGAGUCGCUGCGCCGAAAUAUUGUAGAGCUCGAGCGCGAGUUUUUGCUCGGACAAGUUCAAGCCCAAGUCAUAAGCGACAUCGAAGCUACAUCGUCGUUGAAGAGCCUAACUGAGCACCUGGCGAACAUGAACGUGACCGAGUCCUGGGCGGUCAUGCUUGCGCGAAAGAAGCAGCUGUGGGCUGCAUGCCACGAGCGCGAAAUUGCGGUAACUCAGAUCAAGGACACGCUAGAUCAAAUUGAGGUCACACGACAAACGCUGCAACAAGCCGAAACAGACGCCAAAGACAUCGCAGUGGCCAACGCGAUGGCUCGCGACGAGUGGAAGAGGCUACAGAAGCUCAACAUACAAAAGAAGACGGUCCUCGAGAUGGCGUUCAACGUGCAAGUCAACAACGAACAGUCAAGUGCACAACUUGAGGAGCAGUUGGCCGCGGGGGUCAAGAAUGACCAGGACAGAGAGCUCGCGUUGAACGACAAGUUGCUCGAGAUGACGGCCAAAGUCCAACAGGCCCGUCAAACCCUCGACAAGUUGCGCCAAGAUGCAUCACGGCAAGCCGGGGACGUCCAGGUGCUCGAACAAGCCAAGAAGUGUGCAAAUCUGAACAGCAUGAUGCAAUGGUACUCGGAAAUGCAAUCGCUUGUCGAGAAGCUGACGGGGCUGCGCGUGUUGCGAGUGGAAGCAACGCACUUUGACGUGCAAGUGGGUGCCUACGAAGUCCGCCUUGUCGUGGAUGUCGACUCGUUGAAGCUCGAAAAAGUGCAGAUUAUUCCGCCGACGUUGGACAUUACCGACUUGAUCGAAAUCGCCGUCGACGAAAACGACGUGCCGUUCCUCCUGCGAGAGACAUUGGCUCGUGCGAUCAACAUGGCGCAGCUGCAAGCUCAUUUGGACAUUCUCGCAAAGGAAGGUGUUGUGUGCGUUCAACGUGGAAUGGAUGUGUCGCUCACGUUUGGAGCGCCCGACGACAAAGUGUUCGUGCAAGUCGAAGUGAGCUCAGAGUACGGGCAGGACCACGAAUGGCUGCGAGUACGCUCCAUCCGGCCCGCGAACGACCGAUUGCAAACGGCACUAAACACGACUCUGCAAUGCCGGAACCUCGUCGACUUGAUCCAAGAAAUUGUGCAUCAGUUGUUGAGAUGAUUCGCUUCAAUACACCGACGAUAAGAAAAACGGGGGUGUCGGUGGUACGCAUGUCCAAC